CUGGCCGGCCGCUGGCUGUAUGUCCGUCCCUCUCCAAAUGAACAAAGUGGGUGUUAUCGCGCGAAAGCGGUCGCGUGCGCGUGCGCCGGUGAAAGAGUCGAUGACCUGCGCGGGAGCAACGAACGUCUUUGCGCGGCUCCCCCCCCCGCCCCGCGACACUCCCCGUGCACCCCCCGGCCGCACGCACCGGCACCACAUCGAGCUGAUGAUAUACGACAGAAGAAACAAUGA